UCAAGACCACUGCCUCGACUGACAGAGAAAUCAAGAAAAUUGUACAAUCGCAGUCCUCAGCCGUGACCUGUUGAGCUGAUGAAGUGUAAUUCAGUUGUAAUUCUACAGCCGAAAAUCGUCAGCGAGUUAUUUUAUCACGAUUCGUAUGGACCGAUUCCCGCUUCCAACACCUUUGGAAACCAAUUUUGAAGACACAACCUUUAUGGAAGAAUUUAAAGCGUAUGUGUUGACGUUACCGCCAGCAAUACUCGCAGAGCUGGAUGCCAAAUUCGUACACGACGUAACGCAUGGAAGUGUUGAUAGAAACCAACAUGGACGCAUCAUUGAGCUUGGUGCUGAAAACGUCUCAUCUAUUAUUCCAAGUCCCUCGUCUUCGCACGAAAACGAGGCUGCUGCUGCUGAAGAUUCAGAAAAUGUUGAUGACAAAGCCAUAAUAGAGCGCUUAAAAGAUGCCAGUCUGAACUUGCCUUUCAGUGAACUGUUUAUGAAAAUUUUAACAUUCCCUCUAAUGCUUUUCCGCGGGCCAACAAAAGUUAUCUAUACUCCAAGCAAAGCCUUAGAAAAGAUUAAAACAAUUCUCGUAUUCUUCCAAGACAAUGGUGACUUCACAGAACUUGAUCGUUGUUCCGAGAAAAUAGUGAAGAUAUAUCGUGAAAAGGGGGACUUUGAUAUUGUAGCGGCUGUCACAAUAGAACGAGCGCAGUGCGCUUUGUAUCAAAACGAUUUGCGUAGAGCGAGGCGGUUCGCCAGCGAGGCCCACAAACUCGCGGACCACACCCGUUUCCCACCCCUUUACCACGCACAAGCUCACCUGAUAAUGAGCGCCAGUUACAGGUAUGAAAACAAAUUAGGGGAAACGAAAAGAUAUCUUGACUUGGCUGAACAGUGUUUUGAGUCUGGCCACAGUUUCGAGGAGCUUUCCCAUUAUCACGAGGUCUACGGAAGUUAUCUUGAUAAAUUUAUGGGAACUUUUGCACAACCGGACGAGCAGUUUAAGGAACUUGCCUUAACCAGUUUUCAGAAAAUGAGUGAAAUUGGUUCGCAGGAUUCAAACCAACGCGUUAGUGACAAAAAAAGGUUUUACGCCCUGAUAAAAAGUGCAAGGAUCCAUUUGGAAUCGAAUUCCAUUUUCGGACGAAAGAGACGAACAGUUACGAAAAAUUCCAUCGAUCUCGCCGCUGAGUGCGUGAAAGCUAUAAAGCGUGAUCUCUUAGGCAGUGCACCAAAUGGCUCUAAAAUUCAAUUCCAGAUGGUCGAGAGUGAUUUGUAUUACAGACAGGGCAGACACGAUGAUUCCCUAGAAUUACUUCAUAAAAGUUUUGAUGAAGCAAAAUUAUUUGGAUACGUAACAGAAGGACCAAAAAUCACACAGCGUAUACAAGAAAUUGAAAAUCUCGUAAAAGAGGAAAUUUAUGUAGUUGAAGAAAAUGUGCCUGAAGGAGGUAACAUGAAUGAUAACCAGUUCAUUGAUGAUAACUACAGCGAAACGUCAGGAAGUGGAAGUGAUGUCUUUACCUCGAAAUACGACGAUACAUAGAUUCCAUCCGUUUCAUCAGAGGGGCCAAUUUUUCUCGAUAUCACAGCGUAAGAUGCGUGGGGGAGCGAGGUGGGCUGAAGUCCUCCUCCCUCUUCAAAUUUAGCAGAAAUGUUGAUAACAGACUUGAGAAUUUCUCACCGAAAUCGCCACUGUCGCGUUGACAUUUGUUCGCCCCCUCCAAAUAUUAUUAAGCCUGUUACGCCAUGCUCGACAUUGUUGUAUAUAAUAAAUAA